AUGGAGCGUCUACUCAACCUACAGACGGCACUCUCACUCGGCUAUGUCGGCUCGAUGAUCGGUGGUGCCUAUCUAUGCUCGCUCUACAUGCUGCCGUCCAACUGUUCGCUCAAAACGCGUCUCAUCUAUCUGUGGCUAUCGUUCGACUGCAUCUGCCACCUCGCGCUAGAGGGGUGGUUCGUCUACCUAUCGACGCAAUCGCGCACGGUGAAUUCGUGCUCGGGCUUGUUCGCAUACGUCUGGCAGGAGUACGCGGCAGCGGAUGCAAGAUGGGGAACCGCCGACCCGACGCUGGUCUCGAUGGAAUGGGUUACCGUGCUGCUGGCUGGGCCGUUGGCCGGCUACUGCGCAUGGCUGUUGCGCAAGCACGAUGCGACUUACCAUUUCUGGGUGGUCGUGCUGAGCACGGCUGAACUGUACGGUGGAUGGAUGACGUUUGCUCCGGAAUGGUUGACGGGCAGUCGCGCAUUGGCGACCUCCGACUGGCUGUUGCUGUGGGUGUAUCUGGUGUUGAUGAAUUUGGUUUGGGUGGUAGUGCCCGCGUGGUUGAUGGUGGAUAGCUAUGCGUUUGUGGCCAACAGCUUGAGCGAGACCAAGCUCGUGGAUUGCACACUUGAAUCAGUACAACCAACACCAAGUAAGACCAAGCUGGAGCCAAGCACGAAACGUGUCACUGGGAUGCGCGCCAUAUCUGGCUCGGCGUACCUGUUGCUCGUCGCAGCACUGUUUGUCUAUAUCAUGCCAGUCGGUGUGUCUGCCACGAGCCAGCAAGCGUACGAUCCGCUCGGGACGACAACGCUGCUCCCAAUACCCAGCAAGCGAACCGAGUCGAUGCUGACCACACUGUACGGCGUGCUGGUGCCGCUACUACUGCCGCUCGGACUGUUGGGCUUUUCAUUCACAGUGGGAGCGAUUCAGGUGGCGGAUAAAGCACUUCGCAAGGUACGCAAAACGAAUCGCACCAGGCGGCGCAAACUGCUCGCCUCGAUCGGGAUCGAUGAGAAAGUAGAAGCAUCGAGUCGCACACUGAUCGGGUUCUUCCAUCCGUACUGCAACGCGGGCGGAGGCGGCGAACGUGUGCUGUACGAAGCGGUACAGCUGCACCUCUCUCUGGAUGCGCAAUGCGUCGUGGUUAUCUACACGGGCGAUUUGGAUUCGGCCUCGAAAACCGAGAUUCUCGAGAAAGCGUCUUCUCGAUUCGGGAUCACGCUGGAUGCGGAUCGGAUCAUCAUGGUGGCGCUCACGCGGCGGUGGAUGGUGCAAGACUCGACGUGGAAGAGGUUUACGCUGCUGGGCCAAUCGUACGGCUCGGUAUGGUUGGCGUUGGAAGCUCUGUCGUCACUGAUCCCGGAUGUGUACAUCGACACGAUGGGGUAUGCAUUCAGCUAUCCGGUGGCUCGACUCUUGGCGCGUCGGAUGCCAAUCGGAGCGUACGUGCACUAUCCGAUCGUGUCGACAGACAUGCUGCAUCGCGUAGCAUGUCGAGAGGCAGCACAUACCAACGCCAGCGUUGCGCAUUCGCGUGUGCGCACCAUGCUCAAGCUGUACUACUACAGACUGUUGGCGCGCUUGUACAGUUGGGCGUUGAAGCGAGCCGAUGUGAUCGUCGCCAAUGGCAGCUGGACCAGAGCACACCUGGAACAGCUUACCCGCCGCAAGGUGGAGCGUGUAUUUCCGCCGUGCGAUACCGAAGAAAUGGCGCAGUUCGGCGUCGAGCGCACCUCGCGCACCGUGGUAUCGCUCGCUCAGUUUCGGCCCGAGAAGGAUCACGCAAUGCAACUGCACAUCCUCAAGAGCCUGCUCACCUCGCAUCCGCACUGGUUCACUUCAUCCCCCGCCGUCAAGUUGAUCCUCAUGGGCUCGUCUCGCAACGCAGACGACCAACAACGCAUCGCCAACUUGCGAAGCUUAUCCACUUCGCUCGGCUUAGAUGCGCAUGUCGAAUUUGUCGUCAACGCCCCCUUCUCGCACAUCCUACAAACACUCAGCACCGCCAGCAUCGGCUUGAGCACCAUGAAGGACGAACACUUUGGCAUCAACGUGGUCGAAUUCAUGGCUAGCGCUCUCAUCACACUCAGCCACAAAAGCGCUGGCCCUUGGUUGGAUAUCGCUUGUCCAUCCAAGAACCACCAAUUGCCCACCACACCUGUCACUCGCGCGCAGCCCGCAGUAGGAUACCACGCAGAAUCCGUCGACGAGUUCGCCGCUGUACUGGUCAACAUCUUUGAAACGCAGCUUGUUGAUCCGCAACAGCUGACGCACAUGAGGUCCGCUGCUAGACUCAGGGCGCAGUCCGUAUUCAGUAGACACGCCUUCAUCCACGCUUGGCAACAAUGUCUCUGGUCCAAACUGCAACUCAAGCUAGACUCGCAACAGCACCACAACAUGAAACUCGAAUGA